ACACCAAACUUUAUCUCUUCUUCUCCUCUUCUCGACAAACAACAACAGAUCUAGGGUUUCUCACUUCAGCCUCCAAAGUACUCUGACCCAUAAUAUCGAUUCAAUCUCACUGAGAUCUCGCCGGAUCUUUUCGCCGGAACUUCUCGCCGGAGCAGUUGGUACUCAUCUCGCCUAUCUACUGUUUUCCAAUAUAAAGAAGAGCUUGAAACGUUGUAAUACUCCUUGUUCAAUUCUUUCGAAGUCAUUGGGUCCCUGAAAAGCUAUGUGAAGUCAAAUCAACGUUCAAACUCUCAGUUUGAAAAGCAAGUCUCUUUGGAUUUCUCUGAAAAGCAACAAAAAAUGACAUCCAUAUCCCCGGUUCUGAUAUAACAUUUUGAGAAAGAGAGGAAGGAGACAUAACAUUUUGAGAAAGAGAGGAAGGAGGCAGAUAAUAUUUUGUAAGACAAGGAUGAACAGUAAAAUGGAGAAUCAAGUACCACCACUUAUAGCGUAGGCCAUUGCCCUUACUGAGAAGAAAGUCGGCAUUGCUUUAGGUUCAAGGGAAAGAGAGUUGUAUUUCUGAAGCAACUUCCUUCUGUGUCCAAGUGUACUCUGGCCAGAAUCAUGAAAUCAUCAUCAAAUUCCCGAAAGGGAAAGUAGAAGAAGAAAAAGAAGACACUCCUCCCUCCAAUGGCGCCUCAGCUUCUCUCCUCCCGUAACUUCAAAUCUCUCUUUGACUCUGUCGACACUUUCCUAUUUGACUGCGAUGGUGUUAUAUGGAAGGGUGAAAAGCUCAUCGAUGGCGUCGCCCAAACUCUGGACCUAAUCCGCUCUAAGGGUAAAAAUGUUGUCUUUGUGACCAAUAAUUCGGUCAAAUCGAGGAGGCAAUACGCUGAAAAGUUCCGAUCUUUGGGUGUCCCUUCUGUUACUCAGGAUGAGAUCUUCUCUUCGUCAUUUGCGGCCGCUAUGUACCUCAAAGUCAACAAUUUCCAUAAGGACAAGAAGGUUUAUGUGAUUGGUGGGGAAGGCAUUCUUGAGGAGCUCCAGAUUGCUGGUUUUACAGGUCUCGGUGGUCCUGAAGACGGUGAAAAGAGGGCACAAUGGAAAUCAAACUCUCUCUUUGAACAUGAUAAAAGCGUGGGAGCAGUUGUGGUCGGACUAGACCCCAAUAUAAACUACUAUAAGCUUCAAUACGGUACCCUCUGUGUACGCGAGAAUCCGGGAUGUCUUUUCAUUGCAACCAACCGUGAUGCAGUAGGACAUAUGACGGAUCUCCAAGAGUGGCCUGGUGCUGGUUGUAUGGUUGCUGCCAUGUGUGGAUCAACUGAAAGAGAACCAAUAGUUGUUGGGAAACCAUCUACUUUCAUGAUGGACUUUCUGCUACAAAAAUUUGGGACAGAAACGUCAAGAAUGUGCAUGGUGGGUGAUAGGCUAGAUACUGAUAUCUUGUUUGGACAGAAUGCUGGCUGCAAAACUCUCCUCGUCCUAACAGGGGUGACAAGUGAAUCAAAUCUACUAAAAGAGGGCAACGAGAUUGAACCAGACUAUUACACAAGCACGGUCUCUGAUAUGAUGAAACUGAUGGAGUCUCCCUAGUAAGUAAGGGCAUCAUCAUCAUGUUGCUUUACCCAUGAAUGAAACAGUCAUUUAUGUCCCUGUUAUUGCGUAGGGAAGUUAAUAAUCUGAUGGUCCACAUCAUCAGAAAACAUGGCGUGCUAGCUUUUAAUAAAGGCUGAGUUGAAUUCUUUUGUUAUGUUUCUGAAUAAUAAGGAUUUGAAGCAUAUGAAGGAUUGAUAAUAGCAAAUAAGAAUUUUCAUGGAAAGUCCAAAAGCA